UCAGUUGGUUGUAAAUUAUGCGUUGUGUUUAGGAGCAAACUGCAAAGUCCAUCACGCGUGUACGUAGUCUAAUUAUAUUCCAAACAUUCAGCUCAUUUUGCCAGGGCUGGGUCGACCGUAGCUUCCAUCGACAGAAAAUUAUUUAAUAGGCAGUCUGUAUAAAGAAGCAAACUAUUCCGGAAGACUUGGAUCGAGGUAUUAUUCAAUAGGCAGUCUGGCUGUUUGGUGAACGUAGUAAGGGCACUACUCAAAGCGGAAUCCGUCAUGUUCACAGGAGUGCGAGUUGUACGAGGCCCGGACUGGGAAUGGGGCGACCAGGACGGGGGAAAAGGCUGCGUAGGCACCGUGGUGCCUGCACAAGCUAAGGACAGCGUGACGGGUGUCUUUGUGCGAUGGGAUUCGGGAGUAAUCGCACACUACCGCGCCGGUGGAGCCAGCGGCAAGUACGAUUUGCGGAUUUACGAUAACGCCCAAUUACGAGUCAAGCAUCCGAAUGUCAACUGUGACUGCUGUCCCGAGAAAGGUAUCGUAGGAAUGCGUUGGAAGUGUCUGGGGUGUCAUGACUUCGAUUUGUGUCAUCGCUGCUAUAACGAGGGAAAGCAUGACCCGGGUCAUCGCUUCACGAGGAUCGAAACCAACUCAGUUCCGGGGUUUGAAGUUCCCUGUCGAUCUGGUGCCGUCAAAUGCCGGUCUAUCGGCAUUUGUGUGGGAGCCCGAGUGGUGCGAGGACCCGAUUGGGAAUGGGAAGAUCAAGAUGGUGGGGACGGCAAAGUUGGUACUGUGAGCCAAGUGUGUAGCGCGGAGGGAACUUAUCGUUCCUGGGUCUCCGUUCGGUGGCCCAACGGUUCUGCCAGCCAAUACCGACGGGGCCACAAAGGCAAAGUCGACGUGCAAUACACGGAGAGAGAAACUAUGGGAGAUUUCUACAUUGAGCACCUCCCGAGGCUCGAUGAGACCAAAGCCCACUCUUACCUGGACACCGGAGACAAGGUCCGUUUGCUGGACAUGGACCAUUUGAAGCUCAAGGAACUGCACCUACAGAGGUGUGGCUGGAACGAAGAAAUCACAGAUUUCAUGGGAAAGGUCGGCGAAGUCGUCAUGGUGGACAAAGAUGGCGAUGUCAAGGUCAACUUUGGCGGAUCGUCGUAUUUCAUUCAUCCCCUGUGUCUCGUCAUGGAGAAGAAAGAGGAGGCUAAAAGACCAAUCACAGGUGAAAUGAUGACUACUCUACAACUGAAGGCUCUGCUUGAGAAACUCGGGGACCGGCCUGGCGGUUCCGCGGAUAGCGGCGCUGCCCUUUUCCAGGCGGCAGUUGCCGGCAACACCACUAAAGUGCUGGAGAUUAUCAAUGAUCACCCAGAGGCGGUCAAAUUUCAGAAUAUAGAAAAGCAGACACCGCUUCAGGCAGCCGUCCAUCACGGUCACAUGGAUGCGGUCACAGCUUUGUUGAGAGGCAAAGCACCAUUGGACCAUAAAGAUGUGGACGGAGACACGGCACUUGCCUAUGCAGUGCUCGGUGAUAAGCCAGAGAUUGUCAAAUGUCUUCUGCAAGCUGGAAGCGAUAUAAACGCGGCGAACAACAAGGAUUUCACCCCUCUCCACCAGUCCAUUGUCAAGGGCCAUCAGACAUGUGCAGAUGUGCUGCUCACACACGACCAGCAAAAAUGCGACGUCAACUAUAAAGACAAGGAUAGCAACAGUCCACUACUCCUUGCCAUUACCAAGAACAGGAAGCAGAUCAUCCGUUGGCUGAUAACCAACCCAGAAACUGACCUCCGUCAGAUGAACAAGAAGGGAUUCAACAGUUUGCAUCAUGCCGCACUCUGCGGAAACGCUUUUGCCGUGGUAGGGAUUCUGGAAGCCUUGCCAAACAUGAUCAAUGAUGUCACAGGCGACGGCUUCACGGCACUACACAUCGCAGCCCAGAACGGUCUAUCGGUCAUCACUUUGCUCCUCGUCAAACAGCAUGGCUGCAAUAAGGAACUAAAAACUAACAGUGGACAGACGGCAUUGCACCUGGCCGUUGACAAUGCCCACAAGAAGUGUAUCGAGGCUCUGGUCAACAGCGGUGCCAACGUGAACGCCCAGAAUAGCGAUGGUGAUACAAGUCUCCAUCUUGUCAUGAAAGCCUCCAUCAAAGACAUCAUGCGAGUCACACCACUGGAAAAGUUGUUGGUGCUCGUCCAGCAGCUCGGAGACAAAGGCGUUUCAUCCGCCAAAAAAUACAACCUGGUUGCCAUUACGGUCAACCUUAUUAAACAUGGCGCCGAUAUCUACAUCAAGAAUAAAACAGGCAGCAAUGUUCUGGACGUCUGCCCCAAUCCAGGGGUUGAGAAUUUACUGAAGGAUCUCUACCAAAGAAAAGAGUCAAACGGCCAAUGAAAACAGUCAACGGAUGAGCUGUGAAGUCAACUAAAAGAUGUGUGACGUGCUGCAAAGCUGGAACAAUCCAUGGAACGGUGUGAUUAUUGCAUUAUAAGUCGUUCUUAGUGAUAUACCAAUGAAACUUAACAAAGUAAUGUCUCGACAAGUGACGUCAUGGUGACGUCAUCAAGUGUCACGUCACGUCAUCAUAAAGUUGCCUUUUCAAUAGAGAGCUAAGAGGCCGAUUGGGUUCAGACUUUGCAAGUUCAUAGACAGGGUCGUGCUAUAUGUGGAAAUUUACAUGUCGUCAUGGUUACGUUAUAAUGUGAUUUUAUGUAGAUUUUUUAUUUUUGAAGAUUAUCGCCAUAUCUCACAAAUCAUCACAAAAUGCUAAAUGGGUGGAUGGUUGUCAUAGAUAUAUGCCCAAAAGGUGACAAACGUGUUGAUAACGUCAUCAAAAUGCCGGUUUUCAAAAAGCAUAAGGUAAGGUUCAGUCGUCACAAAACGCGGUGGGAGGUUCCACAAUGUUAACAAUAUCCCGAAUCUGCAAUGAUGUCACGAUGACGUCAUCGGUGGAUGUUUAUUAUGAAUUUAUGUACUGUUACGAUUUUUUCUGCUCAAAAUAACAAUGGUUGUUAACAGAUCGACUCUAAACAUGGCGCAGACAAAGACCACCUAGUAAAUGUGUGUUUUGACACGUGACGUCAUGUUAAAUGGCAGUGCCUUGUACAUUUCCAAUUUCCAAGUUAAAGUGCAUGCUUAAAAUGUUCAAACAACUCCACUAGUAACGAAACUUGCUUUAACAUAAAUGUAAUCACAAGUUUUAAAUUGUGUGAAUUCUUUUUAUUCCAUUUCAUGUGUUUUUCAUAGGGUUCCUGCGAUUAUUUUUUUAGGAACACAUUUUGUUCAACUUUCUACUCCUCUUACAUGUUUAAAAACUAUUUGACCCUUUUAAAUGUAUUAAAAAGAACACUUGUUUAAACAUAUACAAUAAUAUACGAUUUUGGACAACUAAGGGCGAUAUUGCUAGAGGAUGUCAUUUCAGGAAGAUACUGUUCAGAUAAGGGGUUUUCUGGUUAAAUUGUUAACCAAACAUUUGCCCAUUAAAAGAAUUUUGAGAAUGGCUAGCUCCAUGUACUCACACAUCAACGAAUCACCAAAGAAAAGAAAGGUAUGACAGAAAAAUAUCUUUUUCAACUUGUUUUGCUGAAAUAGCUGUAACAUCGAGGUUCUCGCCCGGAAUGACAUCACACUUUUG